AUGCAUCUGUCCAUGGGGUCCUCCAAAAUGGCUGAUGGAUUCCAGAGCAAAGUGGUAGCACCUCGUUUUCCAAAGCUAGUUAGAGAGACAGAGGAGUCUGUAACUCUGACUCCUUCGGCCUUCCUGAAGGAGAUGUCUCUCACCACGGAGCAGAGGCUGGCCAGCACUGGGGAGAUGAGGCGGCCCCGGAUUAUCCAGCUUCUAGACAUGAGUGAAACCUCCCAUCAAAAGUUCUCCUCAGUUGACCUGGACCAGAGCUUGUUUCAGCCUUUUCCAUCAGAGGUGGUGUUUCAGAGCUAUGUCCCCCGCGAGGUCUAUGAAGCGCCGCUGAUUCUGAGGAACACCGACAAGGUUCCUCGGCUGGUGAAGGUCGUCCUGGAGAGCUCACCUUAUUUCAAGUUGAUCGGCCCCAGGGAUGUGUACCGUAAGGUAGCACCUGGCAUGCGUUCCACUUUCCGCAUCCUUUUCACCCCUGAGGAGAACAAGGAUUACUUCCACCAGCUCACCUGCAUCACGGAAAGGGAAAAGUUCGUUGUGCCGAUCCGAGCUAUAGGUGCCCGAGCCAUCCUGGACUUCCCUGACCAGCUGAACUUCGGUGUCUGUCCCGUCAAGUACAGCACCCAGAAAACACUGCUGGUUCGCAACAUCGGGAACCGGGAGGCCCGCUACCGCAUGAGCAGUCAGAGCCCUUUCUCCGUCGAUCCCUCCGUCGGGACUCUUGGGAUUGGUGAUGCCAUGCAAGUGACAGUGGAGUUUCACCCACUGAAGACGGGGCACCAUUCUAGGUCCUUGGUAGUUCACUACGACACAGGUGAAGAUAUUCACACGAGCCUUUAUGGAGCAGCUGGAGAUGUCAACAUCAGGCUAGACAGGAACUCCUUGGCAGUUGAGAAGACUUACCUCUCGCUGUCAAACCACGGAUCCGUGGUCAUCCACAAUCGGAGUGAAAUCAUAGCCCACUUCCAGUGGAAGGCUUUUGCUACACAGGAAGAGGAGGAUCAGCGGAAGCUGAGGCUGUGUCGCAGGCUGCAGAGGCAGGAAGAGGUCAAGACGGAUUGCUUCCUCAAGGAGUGCACGGUGGACCCCACUCUCCGAGAACGCCUUUCCCUUCUCUCCCGCACCUUCCGGAACCAGAGGGCAAAGGUGCAAGGAGACUCCAUGCUUUUCUCCGAUGAUGUCUUCACCAUUGAGCCGAUGGAGGGAGAUGUCUGGCCAAAUUCUUCGGCUGAAAUCAAGGUGAUCUUUAAACCCCGUGAAGCCAGAGUGUAUCAACAAGCGGUCUACUGUGAAAUCUCAGGCCGAGAGGCCAGGCUGCCCCUGCGCAUCAAAGGUGAAGGCAUAGGGCCCCGGCUCCGCUUCAACUUUGACCAGCUGGACAUCGGGAAGGUUUUCAUUGGAUCAGCACACAGCUAUGAGGCGGUCCUGUUUAACAAAGGAGCCAUCGAUGCUUUCUUCCGGUUGGUCCCUCCAGCUACAGCUCUGGGCUCCUGCUUCACCUUUCUGCCCCGGGAGGGCACCAUUUUGCCGGACGGGCUCCAGGUCAUCCGGAUCUCCUUCAGUUCCACCAUCCUGGGGCAGUUCACAGAAGAAUUCAAGUUCAGUGUGAAUGGAUCCCCUGAGCCUGUGACCUUGACUAUCAGGGGCUGUGUCAUCGGACCGACUUUUCAUUUCAACGUACCUUCCCUCCGCUUCGGUGACGUCUCCUUCGGCUUUCCUCGCACCUUGUCGUGUCGCCUCACUAACACCUCCUUGGUGCCCAUGACCUUCAACCUUCGCAUUCCUGGGGACGGCUCGGGAGAGCCCAGUGUUACCAGUUUUGUUCCUGUGUCGGACAACACUCACUCAUCCUGGAGAAGGGGAGCCCAAGGUCUUGUGAAGCCAACCGAAUUUACCAUCACGCCGUGCAGAGGGACCAUCCGCUCCCAGGGGGUCGUGGAUAUCCAGGUCACCCUGUGUUCCAACACCGUGAAGAGAUACGAGCUGGCACUGGUGGUGGACGUGGACGGUGUUGGCAAGGAGGUGUUGGCAUUGCCUCUCACAGCCAGAUGCAUCGUUCCUCAGCUGCGAGUGCUCAACCCGGUCAUGACAUUUGGACGGUGCUUUCUAAAGUACCCGUAUCGGCAGAUGCUGACCCUUGAGAACGACAGCAAUCUCCCAGGCUGCUACGCAGUUCUUCCUCAGGAACACAAGAAGGAUGCUCCUGUGUGGUACUCCAGCCCCACGCCAUGCGGGAUUAUCCAGCCUCGCAGCUUGGUGGAGGUCCCGGUUACACUGGAAGCCCAGGUGACGGGAGAGCAGGACACAGUGGCUCGUGUCACGGUGUUUGGGAGCGAAGGAUCCCCGCUGAAGAUCCAUUUAGUGAGCGUUGGAGAAGGACCAGUUGUCUCCGUGCACCCGAGUAAAAUAAAUUUUGGCCGUAUCCAAGUUUUACAAGAUGCUUCCCAAACUCUCCGCCUCUGCAAUCAGACUGUCAUCCCUGCAUCCUUCUGGGCAGAGAUGGCUGGCAAACGCUCGCGCUGGAGGAUUGAACCCAGUAAAGGAGUGAUCCCCCCCGAGACGGAGGUGUCUGUAACCAUCAUCGCAAACUUGGACGACACGGAGAAAUUCAGGGACGAGGUGAACCUGUUCAUAGAGAACAGCCGUUCCUAUGUCAUCCCCGUCCGGGCUGUCGGCAUUGGCACCACCAUUGUCACCGACAAACCCUUUGGUCCGGAGCUCAACUUGGGACGCCACUUCAGCCUGGAUCCCUGCUGCUACCACUUCAAGAUGACGAAUAAAGGGCGACGCACCCAAUACCUGUAUUGGACAACAGAAGGUUUCAGCCCAUUUCACCGGCAUCGUCGUCUCCCUGCCAUUGGUGCCACCAAGGGCAAAGAUUCCGCCCAGAACCCCAAACCUGCCUGCCCCGUGUUUAAGCUUCGGCCUCUGAGGAUGGAGCUGAUGCCGGGCAAGACUGUGGAGAUGACGCUGGAAGGCUUCUCCAGCACUCCGCAGGUGGUGAAGGAGCGGCUGCUGUGUCACGCCAUGGUGGGGAGCAAGGCAGGGAAGGCACAGAUCAUGCAAGUGGACGUCACCUGUGAGUUCGUUGCUCCCAUUCUGCAAAUAUCCUGCAGAGAAAUCACUUUCCGGGUGGAGAAGCAACCCAGUGAUGUCCUAACUCUUCAGUACCAGCCUCUUUCAUUAAAAAACAUGUCCUCCCUGCCACUCAGCGUUGUCCUGGCCUUGGAGCAACCCUUCGUGAUCUGCGAUGCGGACCGGCAGCCCCUCCCCGCAGAUGUUCAGCCCAUGAAGCUGGAGAUAGGAGAGGAACUUCAUCUCUCCAUCAGCUUUAACCCUGCUUAUGAAGAGGGUUUGAAUAUCUGGGUAGCAGAGAAGGCUCUGAAGAUACGCUUUCUCGAGCACCCUCAGGAGGAGCAGGUCACCGUUCGGGGAGAAGUCUACUUCCCCAAUCUCCAUUUCCCGACCAUGGCCGUGGACUUUGGAUGCCUCUUGAAUGACACCGAAGCUGUGCGUUAUGUCAGGAUGACAAACUGCAGCCCACUUCCUGUCCGGUACCACUGGUCCUUCCUGAUGGACAGUCACGUGGACCAGAUGAGGUAUGUGCGCCUCUACCCUCUCCUUGAAGCUCUUCUUCCCAGUGUCCUGUUUUUGCUGCCGUCCACUGCUGCGGAGCUGGAAGGUACUGCAGAGAUGGAGGGUGCUGCGGAGACUCAGAGCCGGGUGAAGAUCAAGGAGUUGAUGCCGUUCACGGAGGUAGAGCCCCUCACCUUGGGAGUGGAGGAGGUUUUUGACAUCCUGCCGCUGUACGGUGUGCUGCAGCCGGGCGAGAGCGAGCGGGUCACAUUCACCUUCUUUGGCCACGCAAACAUCGUGGCCAGCGUCACGGCACUGUGCAAGGUGGAGGGAGGCCCGACCUAUGAGAUCGCGCUGAGUGGGGAGGCUUCGCUCAUUGACUACCUCCUAGACACCACGGAGAUCGACUGCGGGCUGAAGCUGUUUAACAAAGUCACCAAAGCAGAGGUCACCCUGCAGAACAGCGGCAAGGUGGGCUUCACCUUCGCGGUGCUCAGCCCCAGCGCGGCCACUGCCAACAGCCCUCUGCCCGGCGUGCCCCUGGUCGUGCCCAGCACGGGUUACAUUGGACCGGGAAAGGAGCAAGUGCUGAAAGUCUACUACCUGCCAGGAGUGCCGGGAGUCUUUUGCAGGACUUUCCAGGUCCAAGUGGGUCACCUGGAGCUGAAAGAAAUCUCCCUCAAAGGAGAGGGGAUCUUUCCCAGGACCUACUUGGACCUGCCCAAGAACACCAAAGGAAACAAAAAGUAUGAGAAGAUCCUCCGAGCCGUGGAGCCACCCACGAACGACUCGGGCACCGUGUUCGACACUCGGCUGCAGAUGCAGACGGAGCAGGUGCUGAUGGAGGAACACGCCCUGGAGCAGCAGAAAGCUCUCGCUUCCGGUCCCUCUGAGGAGACUGCCUUUGACCAGCGUGCUCAUCGGAGGCUUCUCAAAGCUGAGCUGCCGGAGGAGUAUGUCCUGGACUUUGGCUAUGUCAUUCUCAGGAACAUCCACACACACGUCAUGAAGAUCACCAACACCAAGCAGUUCCCUGUGUCCUUUCACACCGACGGACGUGUCCUGUGUGACACAGGUUUCAGCGUAGACCUGGACCCUAUGAAGCACCUGUCCUGCUGCAAGACCAAGACAUUUGAAGUGCGCUUCGACCCACCAAGUGCCAAUCUGCCACUGGGAGCCGUGGACGUGCUCCUGCCCAUCAAGGUACCUCACGGCCCCACGUUUCACGUCCACCUCCGUGCCAACGUGACUGUGCCGUCUCUCUGCCUCUCCAGGGACAGACUGGAGUUCUCUGCUGUCCAGUGUGGGCAGUGCCAGGAAGAAACCGCCCAGCUCCACAAUCAGGUCCCCUGUAAAUGGUUCAUCACCAUGAAUGAGCCUGUUAAGAAGGUGGACAAACGUUUGCCAGCGAGGGUGCAUCAGAAGCUGCUGCAGGAGUCGAAGGCCAAGCCCUGUGUUUUCAAGGUGCUGCCCUCGGCUGGAGCCCUGGCCCCAGGACAGCACUGCAACGUGCAAGUCAGGCUUUCCCCCCCAGAAGAGUUCCACUUCACAGCAGGAUGCAUCCCAAUUACUCAGAGCCAGCAUGCAGGUGCCGUAGCCCCUGCUGCCCUGCUGCCCCCGGUGCUGCCGUACAGCUGUGGGGCGGAGGGGACGGUGGUGGUGAAGAACCCAUGCGAGUUCCCCAUCGAGUUUUACUCGCUGGAGUUCGACCAGCAGUACUUGCUGAGGAGCAGGUGA